AUGACCUUUGAGGAGAUAGCCACCGAAGAUGGAGUUAGAAACAUCAUGAGUCGCCUCAAAGAGUUCUGUUUACCCCACCUGGAGGUGUCGCUGCCGAGGGCUUUCGAGACUGCCGUGUAUGGGAAGGCACGACAGUCAUCCGAGGGCUUUCCAGAGUACAUAGCCAGGAUGGAGAAAGCUUUCAGCAGGCUGAGCAAAGAAGGAGUGGACCUUCCUGAGGGGACCUCAGGAUACAUCCUUUACAGGCAAGCUUCUUUGAGCGAAGCCCAAGACCAGAGGCUGCUCACCUGGUGCGAUGGGAAGUAUGACAAAUCAUCCAUCGUGAAGGCGCUCAGGAAGCUUGACAGAGUGAUCAAAGAGACAAAAGGGAAGAGCUCCUACAUCAUCGACACCGAGGACGCCUUUGAGAACAAAGCGUACAUCCAGGCUGAAGAGGAAGAUGGCGAGGACUAUAUCUUUGGCAAGGGCUUUGGUGAAAGGCCGUGGCAAAGAGGGAAAGGAAAAGGAAAACAAAGGGUGCAUGUCGAGCAGUUGAAACUCCGCACGCGCUGUUGGCGAUGCGGGGCACUUGGCCACUUGAGUAGAGAGUGCACCAACCAGAACCCGGACAAGCCAAAGAGCAGCAGCACUUCAACGGCGCCCUCUCAAAUCUCCGGCUCGUCAUCCAGAGCUGGUCUCUUUGUAGUGCAGGGGAACGCCAUGUCGGCAGUUCAGAGUGUGCAAAAGAUUUUUAUUUUGAAAGUGGUGAAGAGCACACUGCACGUCGAAGGCAGGCACCAAUCCGCCUCACAGUGUCUCAUCAACCGUCCCUCAGACUCGUCCGAGUACAAGGUUGAUGCAGCGGAUUCUUUCUGUGGGAUCGUCACUAAAUCCGAGGUUGGGGUUGUAGACACUGCAGGUGGCUUGGUAGGCACCAAGGCACUUCAACGACUUGAACACCGAUUACAAGAUCAUGGGCUUAAGAUCAAAUGGGUCCCCAGGCAAUCGCUAGCCAAAGGAAUUGGAGGACAAGCUCAAGUCGUUGGAACUGCCAUGGUUCCGUUGGGUAUAGCGGGAUUGAAUGGUUUGCUGGAAGCCACAGUGGUAUAA